AUGACGACAGAACAGCUUCAACAGCACUCUCUUUGGUGGACGGGACCACCGUGGCUUACGCAACCUCAGAACAUGUGGCCCAAGCAGACCAGUGUCGACGCAGACGAAUUACUCAGAAUCACCGCUCUUUGCCUCAAAUUGGUGGACAAGCUGUCCAAACGUCAGGACGCUUCGCCCACGCAUUUCAUCUCAGCAGCUGAUAUGGAAAGGGCCAGAAUCUAUUGGAUUCAGACCACGCAGGCCACAUUCUUUAAAGAUGAACUCGCUGCACUCGCCAAGGGAACAACGCUUCCUUCGGCGCAUCCAUUUACGAGGCUCACCGCUUACCUUGACCAUCAAGGGAUCGCCAGGGUAGGCGGGCGCCUCCAACACUCGGAGCUUUCACACGACGGCAAACACCCUAUCAUCUUGCCUCGUGAUUCAAGUUUCUCAGCGCUUCUCAUCGACCACGCACAUCGUCAGACCAUGCAUGGAGCUGUACACUUGGAAGUUGUCACCGACUACUCAGCCGACGCGUUCCUCGCAGCCUAUCGCAGAUUCGCAGCAAGGAGAGGAACUGCAGCCUCUCUCUACUCAGAUUGCGGCACCAGCUUCCAAGGAUCGGACGCGCAGUUAAAAAAGCUGUACAAGGACAGCACACGCGAAAACCACGACAUCGAAGCUCUACUCGCCAAGGAUGGUACGCAGUGGCACUUCAACCCUCCUGCCGCUCCACACAUGGGUGGAAAGUGGGAGGCAGUGGUCAAGUCUCUCAAAUUCCAUCUGAAGAGGACGAUUGGAGAUGCUUUAUUGACGUUCGAGGAAUCAAUAACAUUGCUCGCGCAGAUUGAAGCCAUCCUCAAUUCAAGACCGUUGGAAUCACUCAGCGAUGAUCCAGACGACGUCUCAGCCCUCUCACCAGGACACUUCCUGAUCGGAUCGCCGCUCAACGCAGUGCCAGAGCCCACGCUUCUCGACAUCUCAGUCAACAGAUUGUCAAGGUGGCAAUUUCUACAGCCGCACCUCCAACAAUUUUGGAGACUCUGGUCAACGCAGUACUUGCAGCGACUCCAGGCCAUCUCAAAAUGGGAUCAACCGUCCAACGAGAUCAAGGUAGGCUCUCUGGUUCUCAUUACUGAUGAACGCUUGCCUCCAGGGAAAUGGCCCAUGGCCAGGGUUCUCAGUCUGAUGCCAGGAAAGGAUGGACUGACCAGGGUCGUCACCCUCAAGACGGCCACCACAACGCUCACACGGCCCAUCGCCAAGUUGGCUCCUCUUCAUCAGCCCUCUCAGGACAACGCGGACACGCAGACCACAUCAUCGACUAGUCGCUGA